AUGGCCCCCCCCGCCUCCUUCACCCUCGACCUCUCCACGGUCCUCUGCCUCGCAUUCUCGCUCUCGUUUAUGCCAAUCGCCUACCUCCUCAGCAAAGCCCUGAUCCCCUCCACCCACACCCGCAAUCGCGUCCUCUUCUUCUGGCACGCAUAUGACGCCCUGACCCACCUCUUCAUCGAGGGCUCCUUCCUCUACGAGUGCUUCUUCAGUUACGCGUCUAUUCCAACCGGCAUCGCGAACGCAGGCCCGCACUUCCUCAACCGCGCGGAUCGCAUCUACGGCCCCGCGUACGGGUCCGGCCCCAGCGCGCGCCUGUGGCAGGAAUACGCGAAGGCUGACCACCGCUGGGCGGGCGCGGACUUGACGGUCGUCUCGCUGGAACUGUUGACCGUGUUCGUGGGCGGCCCGGCAGCGAUUUACGUGUGCUAUCUACUGUGCCGGUCGUCGGAUGAGCGUCUGAACGCUAAGGUGCGUGGUGGCGCGAAGGCGACGCUGUGGUUUGUUGCGACUGCGCUGGCGACCGCGGAGCUCUAUGGUGGCUUCAUGACCUUUGCGCCGGAAUGGUUGACUGGUAGCGCGCAGCUGGCUACUGAGGAUCCUGUGUAUUUGUGGCUGUACCUGUUCUUCUUCAACACUCUUUGGGUGUUCAUCCCGCUGUGGGUGUUGUGGGAGGCUGGUAAGGAGCUGCAGGCUGCUUUUGUCAGCCAGGAGCUGCAGGGUGCGGAGCAGAAGAAGAAAUGA